UUCAAAAAACUCCACCACCACCACUCUUCCUCUUCUUCCUCCACGUUUGUUUUCCUCCCCCUCACCACCAUCUCCUUCCAAGUUCCACUUGCUCCACCCUCAACCACCAUCUCCUUCCAAGUUCCACCUUGCUACCAAGUUCCUUCUGGCUGAAUGACUGAACCGUACCUAUAUGAAGAAGAUUUACUGGUUGAUGCCGCAUGCGAUGCCGCAUGCGGUUCUGGGAAUGUUGAGCCUCCUAGCAAUAUCAUUCCGUGGGUGCCCCCUCGUAUAAGCGUGGACGCCACACAUUUAUUUACAACUGACCAGAUAUUUGAUACUCGUGAUGAGCUUGAACAAUGGGCUAAGAAUGUUGGAAAGGCGAAUGGUUAUGUGCUGGUGAUUGCAAGGUCUGACUAUGCUAUAAGUGGAGGAAAGGUAUUUGUUACUAUUAAGUGUGCGAAGCAUGGUAUUUACAGGCCAUACAAGGACCCGAAUACAUUCAAGUACAAAAAGACCGCAUCACAAAAGACUGAUUGUAAGUUUAAUCUCAAAGGACGACCUACGAAGGGUGAUAGAAUGUGGUGGCUGAAAGUGAUGGAUGGUAAACACAACCAUGAACCAGCUAAAUCACUAGUUGGCCACCCCUACGUUGGUCGACUAACAGAGGAAGAGAAGGGGCUUGUGGGCACCAUGACUAGUACUUGGACUCCACCGAGACAAAUACUAGCGGCAUUGAAGGAAAACAAUCCAAGUAACUUGACUACAAUCACUCAAGUUUACAGUUGCAACAAAAGGUUUAAAAAAGAGGAGAGGGGACCAUUGACAGAAAUGCAACAUUUGAUGAAGAAGUUGGUAGAAGCCAAGUAUGUUCACUUUGAAAGGCAACAAGCUGAUUCAAGUAAGAUUAGGGAUCUCUUUUGGGCUCAUCCUGAUGCGGUCAGACUCUUCAACACAUUCCCUCAUGUGGUCAUCAUAGAUUGCACGUACAAGACAAACAGAUAUCAGAUCCCCUUGCUUGAAAUGGUUGGUCUCACUUCUACGGGGUUGACUUUCUCCAUAGCAUUUUGCUACAUAGUUAGGGAGCACACAAUUGACUAUGUUUGGGCCUUGGAGUGCAUGAAGUCUCUUAUUGCCGAUGAUGCCAGAUUACCUCAAGUGAUUGUGACUGACAGAGAUUUUUUUUUGCUCCCCAAUGGCCGUUUUUGGCCAAAGAACCCACCGACCAAUGGAUCUUCCCGUAUGCGGCGCGUUUGGCUACAUUUACGGCAGAAUUGAAUGCUUGGAUUGAUCCUACGGGUGGUCCUCAAGAGAAUGUCUUUAUAGACCUUGGAGAAGAUUGAGACUAGGAUUGAUGUUUGUAGCAAUGACAUAUGUACAACUAAUUAGAAGUUCAAAGUAUUAUGAUGUAGUAUUAAACUAUUUCUCAUGUGCAUUUUAUCUGUUUCUGCCCUGCAAUGUAGCUGGUUAUGAGAACUUGUGAUUCUGCCUGCAUUGUUUCUGGUACUGUCAUUUUAACUGGUUAAGCAAAUUUCGGAACUUUGGUUUCCGAAGUACUUCGGAACUACGGAGUCCGAAAUCUUUCGGACGACUCCUUUCCAUUUCCGUGUCAUAUACUUAAAUUUGGCACCCCCAAGUUUAAAAAAUCUUCGACAUUUAGGUUUCCGAGACAGUUCGGAUUUAUAGGAUCCGAACAACUUCGGAAUCUGGGGAUCCGAACGUUAAUUUUUUUUCUCAUUUUAAUUUUAAGUCUCUCCAUCACUAUCCACAACCAACCACAACCAACCUCAUUACUCUCAUCCAACCACAGCCAACCUAAUUACUAUCAACCACCAACAACAACCAACCCCAUUACUCCUUCAUCUAUAAAUUUGCUUGAUUUAAGCUUUCUUGUAUUCAUCCUCUCCUUUCAUUCUUUCAACGAAACCUUCAAAAUCAAAAUGGAACAAGAUUUGCCCACCUUCAUCCGCCCUUGCAAACUCCGAGGCAACUCUUCUGCAAGUUCUCGUCCUCUCAUUCCCGGCCCUGCUGGUGUUGUCCAGGCCGCCAUGAUUCAACGCAGCUCCACCACCGACGGACACCUCAUUCCAACCCAACAAUUUGUUAGGCGCGUCGUCGAAGACGGUCACGACACUGAUCCCGAUUUUCACUCCAAUGCUUGGCUUUCAGCCUUGCAAUUAGGCGGAUCUGCAACUCCUCUGGGUUCAAUCACUCACCAUCUAGAAAGGGUCGAUCUCAUCGUCGCAGUUAUCAAAUCAUGCACGCCAAACGGAUUCGGCGAUGUGUCAGUUACCCUGAAGGUAUUUCCAUCUUCCGCGUUCUUUUUCAUCAAUGUCAUGGUAUUUAAAUGUCCUCUGUCAAUGCCAUAUGGGUUUGAGUUUCAGGAUCCUACGGGCACUGUCGGUGCUAGUGUCCAUCACAAGGUUUUCACUGAAAGCGAAUUCGCGAAGGACAUAAAUGUUGGAUCUGUUAUGCUUAUCCAGAAGGUAGCUGUGUUUUCUCCUAGAAAAUCUAAUUGUUACCUGAACAUAACAUUGCCCAACAUAGUUAAGGUAUUCUCCAGUGACUGUGGACCUCCAUCUGAAACAUUCACCGACAUUACAGAAGAUUGAUUAAUGUUAUUUGGCUAAUUUUGAAUUAUUUGCAACUUUAAAAAAUCCUUGACCUGGAUUAUGUAGGCUAUGUUGCGUCCCUUGAAUUAUGUACGUUAUUUUGCUUCAAUUGGAUUAUGUGCGUUAUUUCACUUCCCAUUGGAUUUUGUUUGUUAUUUUAC